CUAUGUAUAAUAUUAUUUUAUGAAAGAUUGUAUGGUAAAAAAUAAGAGUGAGAAGAAAAAAUUAUUAAAAGAACAAAGGGGCCAAACGAGGACUUAGUUUCUUUCAUUAUUGUAUUAUGUGUAUUCUUGUUUUAAAUAUAUGUUUUUGUCGAAUCUAACUACUUGUACAAAUUUGUGACUAAACAAUUUCUCUUGUUCAGAUUUUUUUAUCAUUUUCUUCAGCUCUUAUAGAAACUCGAAAUCAGAAUAUGUAAAUUAUAGUUAUAAAAUGCCAAUUAAUCAUUACAUUUUACCUAUUAAAUCUGUCAAAAUCUUGUGUUGACAAUCCAAUCAACUAAGACCCCUAUGUGUUUAAAUUAGAUUCUCAACACAAGAUUUUUAAAGGUUUACUACGUAAAACUUAAUGGUGAAUCUGCAUUUUAUGAAUCUUAUUUUCAUAUUCUGAUGGUUCAUGUGUUCAAUGCAAUUGUUCGUCAGAAAUACAUCAAACUUCUACCAUUUUUCAUAGAUGACAUUGAUGUUAUAAUAAAACUUCAUAUGAGAUGAACCAAUCCAUUCAUUUCCAACAGUAGGACAAAUAAACACUGCAUAUGAGCUGAAAAACUAUGAUGAGCAGUAUAUAAAAGGUUUGUAACCAUACAAACGUAUUACAAUUAUCACUUUCACCUUCCAACACUUCAGAAAUCCAAACUUCAAUUUGCUGCUGAUAUAAAAAAUGGUUGCAACUUACAAGUUUAUCCCACAAAUUAUAUCAGAGAUAAACUAGUCUGCAAAGCUUAUCGUUGCAGGAAAGCAGGCACCAAAAACUGCACGUAACUCUACAACUUGAUAUCAAAAUCUUAUCUUCAUGGACUUGCAGGGUAACAAAGUUACAGCUACAAUGUAUGAUGCUAAUAUUACAGCCCUUAGUGAUCAGCUGACACUCGGAAAGACGUACAUAAUCUCAAAUGCAAUGGUUAAAAAUAACAUAAGUGAAUUUAAAAGUACAUCUGAAGAGAAGAUUUGGACUAUAACAGGAAGAACAAAGGUUGAAGAGCUUAAUGAGAAUAACUUGAACUUCUUGUUUUCGAAGUACGAGCUCACUCCGUUUCAUGCACUCGAACAUCAUAUGGACAAAAACACGAACAUAAAUAUUAUUGGUGUUGCUAUAGAGGUUAGCCAAAAAUGGAUCAUCCAAACUCAUUUUGGUACCCAAGCCAAUCUUUAAGAUAUCAUAUUGAUAGAUAAAAACUACCAGACAAUAAUGUUAACUCUUUGGGACACUUUUGUUGAACGAGAGUGCACUGCCAUUGUUCAAAACCUACCAACAAAACUUGUGAUAUGGGCCAUAAAUCUUAAAGCAUCUUCUUUCAAUGGCAUUACACUCUCGACUAAAGCCAAUAGCAAUAUCUUUAUUAAUGCUGAAUUGUUAGCUGUGACAGACUACAAAGAGUGGGUGCUAACAAACAAAGAAAAGCUUGACCAACUUAUAGAAAGGAAGCCAUUUGUUCCUAUCAGUCCACCAAAGCUAUCACCCCCUGCUGACAACAAAUACACAUCUAUUGCACUAUUACUAGGACUCUAUUUAGGGAGAAAAUUUUAUUGGAUCAAGGCCCAUUGGAAAAUUAUUACAAUGCAACAGAGAUUUUGGUAUAUGUCUUGUAGUAACUGUAAGAAAACAUCGACUGCAGACUUGGGACAAAUUCAUAAAUGUCGCUUCUGCAAGUACGAGCAUGCAAAAGCCGAACCCCGUGCAAAUGCUUUUGUUCGAUUUGAAGAUAAAACUGGACAAUUGGAUGCAAGUAUCAUCGGCAAGGCGACAGAAGCCUUAUUGGAAACUAAUGCCAACGUGAUAAUGGAACAUUACCAACAGAACCCAAAUACAGUGCUGAACAAUCUUACCCAAACCAGUAGUGAAAUAGAGUUGCUCUUUUAUCUGAAAGCCAUCCAAAAAAAAAAAGAUCCACCUGAGUAUCGUUAUGAAAUUAUCUUUAUCUUCAACCCUAUAACAUCAAGUGCUGAUGUGGAAUCCUCAAGUGCAAUGAUCGAAGUAAAUCCUUCAACUAUUGGCAGUGAUGUGAAGGAUUCAACUCAAAUGAACACCAGUUUAGACACAAAAGCCAAACACAAGGUACACAACACAAAUGCUGAACUUUCCACAAACAUGAAAGAAAUCACUGUACCUUCUGCAAAAAGACCUCUCUUCCAAAAACCAGAUGAAAAUAUUCAAAUGGAGUCAAAGGCAAAAAAAGAGAAUACCAAAGCCUAUGAGUCCGACGACCACACCAAUAUUAUCGCUUUGAAGAAAACACAUGAAUGAUAAAACAUUUACAUCACUUUUGUACCAGCGGGCAGUUGUUGUAUAGUAUACCCAAAAAAGCAACCUCAUUUGCCUAUGUAAAGGAGCUUACCUCAGUCUGUAAUUAGAACUACACCAAGUAUCAAUAACUCUUGUCUUCCAAGUGAAUGGGUUGCUUUACUUAUUUUGAAUCUAUGUUCGUUCUAGAAUAUGCGAACACCAUCAAAUGCCAAUGAUAACUGCUUGCACAGUUGCUACUAAUGAUCUAUGGAACUUUUUGGUUACCGUUAUCAAA